AUGGAAAUUAAAGUUCGUAAGCCUUUUUGCCUUAGCUUUAAAGGAGUGCCUACACCUUUGAAGUUGCUUUGUGACAAUGUCUCUGGUUCCCUCGUGCUUUCCGAGUCUCUUAAUAAGCUAAUCAGUUUGGUACGAACUAAAGUGGAUGAAGCACUCCUCAACACCAUGAUCCGGUUUUAUGAUCCUCUACUACAUUGCUUCACUUAUAGGGAUUUUCAGUUGGUUCCUACGUUGGAAGAAUUCUCUUCUAUUUUAGGGUUGCCGGUACUUGAUCAGAUGCCCUACACUGGUGAAGAAGAGACUCCUAAGUUGGAAGAUGUUGCUGCUGCAUUGCAUUUGCCUCGAUCAGAAAUCAAGAAAGUUUGGGUGAAUAAAGGAGAUUAUACUGGUGUACCAAUUGACUUCUUGUAUAGUCAAGCUGAUAUCUUAAUUAAUGCUAUGAGUAUGGAUGCUCUUGAAAAGGUCCUCGCUUGCCUAAUCUAUGGGCAAGUAUUGCUUCCACGUUAUGACAAAAUCGUGGAUGUGAUUGCUCUCAAGAUCUUCAUUAGCAACAAUCCGGUUCCAACUUUACUAGGUGACCUGCUGCAUUCCAUUCAUCACAGAUCGUCUAAAGGCAAAGGUUGUGUUCUUGGAUGCGCACCAAUAUUGCAUAAGUGGUUUAUUUCGCACUUACCCCGCUCCAUGAUAAAAAAUGAAGAAGGCUUGACAUGGGUUCAAAGAAUCAUAAGGCUCUCAUACGACGACAUUAUCUGGAGUCAGAAAGAUUUCGAAGGAACUCACUUGUUCGAUAGCUGUGGAGACUUCCCAAAUGUACCUCUUCUUGAUACGACUGGAAAGAAAAAGCUGUUUAUUAGAGCUUGGUCCAAAGUAAAGAAAGUAUGCACAAAAGAGCUAGGACCAAGAAACUACAUCCCUUCAGACCUUUAUUUUAGAUGGAUUUAUGAUCAAGUGAUUGAGCACGAUAUGCCAUACCCAUCUGAUACUCCUAUUGUGCCAAGGGUUACUCCUCCAGUUAUUCCUGUGGUUUUGGAGCCUUAUGUACCUGCUCCAAAGGAAGAUCUUGCUGUUACCAUUGCUUCCUUGAGGAGAGAAAAGGCGGAUCUUGAAAGUCGUUUACAAAAGAUUGAAGCUGAAAAAGCGGUGUUGGUGGCUGAUGCUAAAGAGCGAGAUAGUAUGCUUGACUAUUUCUCCCGCAAAUGGAAGAUUGAGGAUUUCGUCUCUCCAGAUCAGAUACAAUCAUGGGAACGAGAGAUUGAUAGGCUCGUCCAAGAAAGGAAUGAGAUGAUUAAGGCUCACAAAGAAGAGAUCAGAAUUUUGAAGAGAAAGCGCCGAGCUGGAGAUUGA